AUGUCAGGCAGCGGGGCGAGAGAGGCCGUGUUCCCCACGCGUCAGUCGCUGGGAUUGAUGAAGAGCAAGCUCAAGGGUGCCCAGACCGGUCACGACCUGCUGAAGCGCAAAAAAAUUACACGCCGCAUCGAUGAGGCAAAGCGCAAGAUGGGGCGGGUAAUGCAGAUUGCUGCCUUCUCCCUCGCCGAAGUCACCUACGCUGUUGGAAGCGACAUCGGCUACCAGGUCCAAGAGUCGGCGAAACAAGCACGAUUCCGCGUACGGACCAAGCAGGAGAACGUCUCAGGUGUCAUCCUGCCUCAGUUCGAGAGCUAUACUUCCGAGAGCGCCAACGAUUUCGCACUCACGGGAUUGGGCAAGGGUGGUCAACAGGUGCAGAGGUCACGAGAAACAUACGCGAGGGCAGUGGAGACGUUGGUAGAGUUGGCCAGUCUGCAGACUGCCUUUGUCAUUCUUGACGAAGUUAUCAAGGUCGUCAACCGUCGUGUGAACGCUAUUGAGCAUGUCAUCAUACCAAGAACUGAAAACACCAUCAAGUAUAUCAACUCGGAACUUGACGAGCUCGACAGAGAGGAGUUUUACAGACUGAAGAAAGUGUCAGGCAAGAAGCAGCGAGAUGCCGCCGAAGCCGAAGCUGAACGAGAAGAAUCAAAGAAGGACGCUGGGGCAGAGGAGAAGGAGAGUGCUGCUGCGGAGGCGGACACUCAAGACUUACUCGGAGAUCAAGACAACGAGGACGUCAUCUUUUAG